CUAGUUUGAUCAGAAUUGAGAAUCGAGAACAUGCGAAAGGGUUAGGGUGAUCUCUAAAAUUCAGUCCUGCGGACAAACUGUACUUAAAAUCUAUUCCAAAGAGCAAUAAUAAUUCUCAGAAUAGAUCAAAUACACAUAUCUCAACUCUCUGUUUCUUCGUUACCUUCCGGCUGAAAAACAAACUCAGCAAAAAUUGCAGCCUGCGAGAUACCUGCCGAGACCUGGCGAUGCGGCUGCGGCGCCUCCGUGAGGCGGCGUUAGGCAACCGGCGUCGCUGCUCGGCCGCAGGGUAGGGGUGCUGCGGCCGGUGCUGCGGAGGGGGGCCGGUGCGCGGCGGGGCACGCAUGACGCAGAGCCAGUCAGUGCCAUCGCGGCCGCGGCAUGGACAGCGCAUGGCGAACCAACGCGAGCAACAGGCGCAGCUCGGACAGGCGGCCAAACGCUUCGUGGCCGCUCUCGACGUCGGCACCACCACCGUCCGCUGCCAUGUGCUCAACCAGGCGGCGACGGUCGUCGGCACAGCUCAAAGAGAGGUGACCCUCCUUUACCCUAAGCCAGGGCGUUUCGAGAUCGACCCUGAGGUGCUAUGGUCGAAGGUGGUUGCCGUCGUCGAGGAGGCUGUGACAAAUGCCAACCUCAACAUGACCGACGUGACCUGUAUGGGUAUCUCGACGCAGCGCUGCACUUUCAUCACGUGGAGCAAGGUGACUGGCACUCCUUUUCACAAUUUAAUCACCUGGCAGGACAUCAGGGCUGCCCAAUUGGUCAAGAGUUGGGACAACAGUUUCGCCGUCAAGGUGCUCAGGGGAGCUGCCAGGGUGGUGUAUUGGAUCACCAGAAAGCGACGGUUCCUCGCUGGUAGCACGCUCAAAUUGAUGAACACGCAGGUCACGCUCCGCCUGCUGUGGGUGUUGCAAAAUGUGCCAGGUCUGAAAGAAGCCAUGAGGCGCGACGAAGUCAUGUUCGGCACAUUUGACACAUACCUCAUCUGGCGACUGUCCGGGGGCCGCUCCUACUGCACAGAUCCCUCUUCGGCGGCGGCCACCGGCCUCUACGACCCUUUCACCAUGGAGUGGGCUGGCUGGGCGCGCGCCAUCUUCCGUCUUCCGGCCAGCAUCUUUCCGCCGGUCGGAGAAUCGGCCGGCGCCUGCUUGGCGGUGGUCGCCCCUGAAAUCUGGGGUGCCACCUUCCCCAUCUGCAGUUCGGUUGCCGAUCAAAGUGCCGCUAUGUUUGGCUCAUGCUGCUUCAAAGAGGGCGACGUCAAGCUCACUAUGGGCACUGGAUCUUUCCUCAACAUCAACACAGGAAAAACUCCCAUGGGGACAACCUUAGGCAUGUACCCACUGGUUGGCUGGAAGGUAGGCUCCGAGUUGACUUAUCUUGCUGAAAGUGCUUCCAAUGACACAGGCACCAUUAUCAACUGGGCUCUCAGCUGUGAUUUGAUCAAGGAACCUGGGGAAUCGUCACAACUCGCCACCUCAGUGCCCAGUUCAGGCGGAGUCUACUUCGUUCCUGCUUUCUCUGGUCUUCAGGCUCCCAUAAACGAUGCUUUGGCUGCCGCGGGCUUUCUCGGCAUUUCUCCUUCAACGCAGAAGGCACACUUGGUGCGUGCGCUUCUCGAAAGUGUGGCGUUCCGCGGUGCUCAGCUGGUGCAACUGAUGCACCAGGAGAUUCCGAUUCCUGUCAAGGGCAUCCGAAUCGACGGCGGCGUUUCUCGCAAUGACUUUAUCGCCCAGAUGCUGGCCGACCUGACUGGACUGCACGUCGAAAGGGCCACCACGUGCGAUCACUCUGCCCUUGGCGCUGCUUUUCUAGCUGGAAUUGCCGCUGGAAUAUGGUCUGGCAAAGAAGAAUUGCUAGAGCUUCGGCGGGUGGAGCGCGAGUUUGUUCCAAACUCUGAUCAACAUCGAGUGUUGGCAGCAGAGUUUGAGCACUGGCAAUGUGCCGUCCAACGCUUCCUCAACUGGAAGAAGCCUUGAACAAUAAAUUUUUAAAUGGCUGUGAACUCCUCUCUUUCUUCCAAAGUUAUCACGCACUCAAACAUAGAAAGAAUUUGAAGAAAGAGAGUAGAGAACUGAACUAAGAAGUUGCGCAAACGCUCUGUUAUUUUUUACAAAUAAAAAGUUUAUUAAAAAAUGUCCAUA